AAUCCGUCGCCGGAUUCAGAAAUAUUUCUUCUGCAAAAAUAUGGCCCAUCAGUACCCAAGAAAACACUCUCUAUGCUGGUCAAUGCUUUUGGCGAGCUGCGUACAUUGGCCGAUGAAGGUGUACUCAAUUACCCUUACUCCACAAGAGAAGUGGUUAAUAUUGUGAAACAUUUGGAAAAAUAUCCGCACGACUCAAUGUCCGAAUUGGUUGGCAAUGUGCUGGACUUCGACAAAUAUCAACCCGAGGCUCUGCAACAAGUAACAACAGUACUAUCCAAGCAUGGCUUACCCAUAGAAGCAUAUGCGCGCAAUGAAUUGUUUGCAUUGCGGCGCAAGAAGGAAAUCCAAUUGACAGUUGAACGCAAAAGUGGUCUUGACGUUUCUAAUCCCAAAUACGGCAAAGUUGACCCAAAGAACGAGCCGCAUGUAGGCGGCAAUACGUGGGCUGGCGGUACUGGCGGUCGCGACACAGCUGGUCUUGGGGGAAAAGGUGGACCUUUUCGCCUGGAUGCCGGUCACAAAGUGCGUCAGCUCUCUGAUGAAGAGAAAGAUGCGAUACCGGAAGAGGUAAAACAGGCUGCCCGCGAAAUGAAUCGCAAAGCAUUCGAAGACAAGCUAAAAGAGAUUCGUAUGUCAGCUCAUGAUCAUAAGUUAUACGCACAAUUCAGCGAGCCGAUUCGGAAGCAAGUGCAGCAGCUCAAAGCAGUUUUAGAAGCUAUGCAGACGAAGAGUAAUGAAAGACAAUGGCAAAAAUACCAAACACAUGGGGAGUUAGAUGACACACGCUUGAUAGAGGGUAUUACUGGAGAAAAGAAUAUCUAUAGGAGACGUGCUGAGGCUAAUCCGUGGGCGGAUCAUAUUCAGGAGAAGCCCAAUAGGUUGAAGUUGGUAGUGGAUGUGUCGGGCUCCAUGUACAGAUUUAAUGGUUACGAUGGCCGUUUGGAUCGCGAGCUCGAAGCCGUCGUAAUGGUCAUGGAAGCAUUCGAGGGCUUUGAAAAGAAAAUUGUGUAUGAUAUCGUUGGUCAUAGCGGCGAGGGUUGGGAAAUACCAUUUGUCAACGCUGGUAGCCCGCCAAAAACAGAUAAAGAACGUUUCGAAACAAUUCGUAUGAUGCAUGCACAUUCCCAAUUCUGCUGGUCUGGCGACAGUACUGUAAAGGCUAUUAAAGAAGCUGUGAAUACAUUGUCAACUGAGAACUAUGACAACUCAAUCGUUGUAGUGCUUAGCGAUGCGAACUUAUCACGUUAUGGCAUACAGCCAAAAGAGCUGGGGAAAGCUCUUAUGAAUGGUGAACCGAAAGUGAAAGGACAUAUGUUAUUCAUUGGCAGUUUAGAGGAGGAGGCUGAUGAAAUCAAUGCUCAAAUGCCGGCAGGGCAUAGUUAUGUUUGCAUGGACUUAACGAAAUUGCCACAAAUUCUGAAACAGAUUUUCACUUCAUCAUUGCUGUGAGGUAGUUAAGAAAUGUUUAUCUUAAAUGGGAAUUAUUUUUUAAGUCAAAAGUCAAUGAAUCUGUACAGUUUUUUAAUGUGUAAUACAAGUAUAUGUGUCUAAAAAAGCAUGUAUGUAUUUAUAUAUUUUUAUAGCCAAAAUCUGCAUUUAUCAAUAACUGUUGGUACAUUUGUAAGUUCCUAGCUGAUACAAAAUAAAAUUGGGCCAGCUCCAAAAUCAUACCAAA